AUGUUUCGCAAAUGUAAUCCCUUCACAAACACAUACACACAUGACAGGGGGUGCGGGGGUGAGCCCUCCCCUCCACCUACAGCUAUACCCCGUACACCUCCCCCGGGAUGUCACGCAGCGUUACUGAAUUACGAUUCAAUAGAAAUGAUCCAGUUCAAUUUGUCCCAAGAAAUCGACUCAAACGGAGACAAUUACGAAGACCUGCUCAGCGAUGACCCGAAUAAAUGUCUUCAGACAGUA